CUUGAGAAAGAAGAAGCGCCGACUUAUGAAGACGAUAAAAUGUGUUAGCAUCAUGAUCGGCGAUGAUAUAUUAAGAUAAUUGCUGAAGAUGAAGAUGCAAAAGCAGUAGUGGUAAAGUAGGUGUUUAUCAAUCAACAUGAUGGCUGCAAUUCCUGAAUGUCAAUAUUACUCGACACCUAGUUCUUGCUACUACAUACUUUCAACGCUACGGAUGACACUUUCUAGAACUUCUCUACGGAAGAUGGCGUCCACUUCUUGGUCAUCCAUAGACUGGAACUCUACAACAGCAGAGCGUCCCUACUGAAAUUCUACAGCAAAGCACUACUAUCAAUAAGAUGCUUGGUGGAGAGUCAGUCACUGUCACAGUCUGGGUGCUUGUGUCAUUAGUUCUACUUUUGACGGUUAGCACAGCUGCAAGG